AUGGCCGCGUACCAGUACACGCUACAAUACCGAAACGGGAAAAAUAUGGAAGUGGCCGACGCACUUUCCAGGCUACCGCUUCCAGCAAGGCACAAUGACGAAAGCGAGGAGUGCUUGGCGGUCUUUGACUCGACACCUAUCACGGCCAGUCAAGUUACGAAAUGGACAAAACGGGACCCAAUACUCGAGGCCGUACGACAGUUCACCGUAUCUGGAUGGCCUGCAACGUUUGAUGGAAAGUUUCAGCCAUUUUACGUUCGGCGACAUGAACUGUCACAUGAGCAAGGAUGCCUGACGUGGGGGCAACGGGUCAUCGUUCCUGAUACACUCCGGCAGCCAGUGUUAUCACUGCUUCACGAAGAGCAUCCUGGAAUUGAAAGAAUGAAAAUGCUAGCUAGGUCAUUUGUCUGGUGGCCUUUAAUGGACAAAGACAUCGAGUCAACGGUUCGUAAGUGCAACGUCUGUCAGACUACUGCGCCCGCAAAGACACCGGGACCACUGCAUCCGUGGACAUACCCAACGCGGGUCUGGCAGCGUGUCCACGUCGACUUUGCUGUAAAAGAGGGAAUUAAUCUCUUCGUGCUUGUAGACUCGUAUUCCAAGUGGAUUGAAGUCAGAUGUCUCAGCACCGCUACUGCUGCAAGGACAACCGACACUCUGAGGGCUAUCUUCGCCGCGUACGGAUAUCCUGAAGAGUUAGUUAGUGACAAUGGGCCUCAAUUCAUUGCUCAAGAGUUCGCAGAUUUCACACGCGGCCUCGGAAUCCGGCAUACGCGUACGCCGCCUUACCACGCAGCGUCGAAUGGCGCAGCCGAACGCCUGGUUCAAACGACCAAGACAAUAUUGCUCAAGCAAGUCUUGCAUGACAACAUGACAGGUCAACGCAGGACCCUCCACCAACGUCUUGACGAUUUUCUGCUGGCCUACAGGAAUACAGCUAAUUCGGUAACUGGACGUACACCUGCGGAACUAUUCCUGAAGAGGCAGCCACGAGUGAAACUUUCACUUUUAAAACCAGACUUCGUUAAAGACAUGAGGACAAAACAGGAACAAAACGCUGCUAGGCGCAAUGAGCAUCGUGGAAGAGCCACGCAGUUCACCGUGGGAGAAAUAGUCUACGUGAAGACGACAAGAGGCGAACCUUUGGCGUGGGAGGAGGCCACAGUAGUUCAGCAAGUGAGCGAGGCAACGUUUUUAGUCAAGGUGAACAACCAGCUGCGCUAUGUACACAGUGACCACUUGAAACCACGCUGGGCACGUGCGUCGCCAACGUCGUUUCGGCACGAUAGGGGAACGUCAGCAAUGGACGAAGCUCCUAGCGGGUCACAGAACCUGCCAACGACUCCCUUGUAUGGUGACAGGACGUCGAGUGAUACAAGCUCGGACACGCAAGCGCCCGUGGAAGGCGAUGGAGCAACUCCACUGGCACCAACAGAGCCAGCGGUACAGCCUGGUGCCAACGUAACGUCGGACGUCGAUGUGACGAAUCCGCAUUCGGAACCGUUACGUCGCAGCAGUCGUCGUAGGCAACCUCCGGAACGCUUCCAAGCGGGAAUGCCUUGA